UUAUGGGAAGGGAAGGGAGUGAGUUGUUUCCGUCCAUUCCAUACGAAUACUGAAGUUAUUUCUUUCUUAAAUCUUCUUUCGAUAUGUCGAAAUCCAGCCAGUCGACAAAAUUUAGGGGAGUAGAUGUAGAUGAGUUGGAUGAAAACACAUUUCAAGAUGAUGGAGAUGAAGAUUCAGGUCAAAGCGGACCGGAUGAAGGGGAAGUCAAGAACUUGCUCAUGCAGCAGAAAAAUGCAGAAGCCCUUAAAGCUGCUUUGACGAAUGCUCCUAUUAUGUCGAAAAACCAGGCGACAAAGGAUAAGGCAUUUGGGAUAGUAUUACGUGUACUUACUGCUGUGAAGGCAGCUGAAGUGGACAAAUGUGUCAAAAUCUUGGACAAGAAUGAGCAGGAUGUGUUGAUGAAAUACAUUUACAGAGGUUUUGCUGAGCCCACUGAGGGAUCCAGUGCUACGUUACUUACAUGGCAUGAAAAGCUUUUGGCAGUGGCUGGACUUGGUUCCAUUGUCCGUGUUUUAAGUGACAGAAAAACUGUCUAGGCUGUCAAGGAUUUUUUAGGAAAAGAAAGUAUCAUGUAACAUAUGAUGUAUUGAGAUUGUUUAGAUUUGAGUUAAAUUCAACCCAAUUUUGUGACUUAUAAGAGCUAACCAGUUAGUGGUUACCUUUUAUCUUUACCAAUCCUUUGAGUAUUUUCUCUAAUGCCACUUGAGGAGCAUUAUUAUCAACUUAUUAUUUCCAUCAUUAUUUCACCAUCUCUUCAGUAAAGUUCUGUUUGAUCUUCAGAUGGAUUGUUUGCAACAAAGUUUGUUGUAGUAAAGCAUGAAAUGAUUUCUUUUUAUUGUUAGGUAUAAACCAAGCAAUAUUUCUUUGCUGUUAGCUACUUUAAUUGCCUGUUUUCAACUUGUUGGGUCUAUUUUUGUCAAAAAAUUGUGAAUGACUGCAUUUUUUACAAACAUGACUGAUUAACAAGCUUAAAAAAAAUGAAUAAAAUUUUGUUCAAAGUAA